AUGUUUGCGUUGUUGAAAACCGCUUCCGGAAAACGUCAAUUAAUUGAGCAGGCACGGCAUCUUAGUGAAGUACCAAAGGAUGCAUUUGCAUUAAUUGUUGGUGGUGGUGUUGUUGGAACAUCAUUAGCUUAUCAUUUAACACUUCGUGGUAUUCGUGAUGUAGUUUUAUUGGAGAGAGGAAAAUUAGUCGAUGGCAUAUCGCUGCAUUUGCCAGGUUUGGUUAGCUCAGCACAUCCAAUUCAUCGCUACAAACCAUUUCUUGCAUGGUCUGUUGAACUAUAUGCACGUUUACAAGAAGAAGCAGAUGAAAAACUUGACUUUUUUCGUCCUGGGACAUUACGAUUAGCAACUGAUGAGGCACGUUUAGAUGAAUUUCGACAGUACACAGCUCGAGAUUAUUUUCAAAAAGGUGAUGUAGCAAAAACAACAUUGAUUGAUGCUAACAAAGUGAAACAUUUGGCACCUAUUUUGGAUACAAAAACUAUUUUGGGAGCUUUAUAUACAUCUGGCGAUGGUUAUAUAAAUGCUCAAAAUUUAACACUUGCUUUGGCUAAAGGUGCUGAAAAACGCGGUGCUGUGCUUAUCGAACAAUGCCCAAAAAUUACAGAAGUGGAAGAGGGGAAAACUGAUUGGGUUGUGAAGUUUGAUGAUGGUAGACAAAUACGAACUCGAAAUAUUGUUAAUGCAGCAGGUUUAUGGGCUCGAGAAUUUGGUCGUUUGACAAACUUAGAUAUACCGCUUGCAAUAGUUGAACAUCAGUUUGCUCGUAUUGGUCCUUUACCUGAAGUAGAACCGCUAUUGGAUUUGCCAGCUAUUAUAGAUCAUGAAAGUACGUUUUAUAUACACAGAGAGGGUGACAGUUUGUUAUUUGGUGGUUUCGAGCAAAAACCUUCAGAUGUUGUUAUUCGGGAAGAUUGGAUAGAACGUAUGCCGGAAGAAGUGGUCAUUGAACCAGAUUUCAAACGCUUGAAACAAGCUUAUGAGCGUGCAUGUGAUCUUAUUCCAUGCUUACGUGGUGUUAAUGUUGAUGCAUGUGCAUCUGUUGUUACAAUGAUGGCAGAUGGUUAUCCGCUUGUUGGACCUAUCAAUCAUAAACAAAAUUAUUGGCUUCAGGCUGGAUAUUUUGAUGGUAUUUCAAGCGGUGGUGGAAUGGGAAAGUAUUUAGCAGAUUGGAUGAUCGAUGGUGAACCUCCAUCUGAGUUGUUUGAUACUGAUGCUAAUAGAUUUGAUCGUUGGGUAACACGAGAUUAUAUCAUUGAUAAAUGUCGUGAAACAUAUUCCAUGUUUUACAACUGGUCGUACAAGAAUCGAUUAGCUGGACGACCUACAGAACGUAUAAGUGGAAUUUAUGGGCGGCUACAAAAGGAGGGAUGCUUUUAUUUAUUCCGCAAUGGUUGGGAGGUUGCCGAAUCAUUUGCUGCUGAAUACAAAGAUAAAUUACCGAAUAUGAUACGUGAAUAUGAGUUAGUAUCAAAUAAAUGUGGUGUUAUCGAUUUAUCUUGGCGUGGCAAAAUUGAAGUACGUGGUAAGGAUUCUGAAAAGUUGCUCAGUUAUGUGCUCGCUAAUGAGCCACCUCAACUAGGCGAAGUAUCGUCGGGAUUAAUGCUUACGAAAAAGGGAAAUAUUUUCGGAUCAUUAGACCUUUUCCAUCAUGAUCAGUACAGAUCAGAAUUUAUACUUUUAACCGAUCCAGAACGAGAAUCUCGUGAACUUAACUGGCUAAAAAGAGCUGCAAUUGAAAUGGAAGCUAGUGUAGAAAUAUCUGGCGUUAGUGAGUAUUUAGCUUCGCUUGCUAUUGUCGGUCCAAAAAGUCGGGAAGUGUUAGAAGAAUUAACAAAAUCAGACUUGGGUUUUAAACAAAAUGCAGCACGACUAAUGAGACUUGGAUCAGCACCAGUUAUUGCUGUUCGUACUACAGAUGCAACAGGACAACUUUCUUAUGAACUCUAUCAUAGCAGAGGUGAUACAUUGGGACUGUAUAAUUCAUUAAUGGAGGUUGGUAAAAAUUAUGGAAUUGUUAAUUUUGGUCAAAGUACACUGAAUAUGAUGCGUAUCGAGAAUGGUUAUAAGAUUUGGGGCAGAGAACUUACGCUAAACACAAAUCCUUACGAAUGUGGAUUAAGUCAGAUGGUAGAUUUGAAUAAGGAAAACUUCAUUGGCAAAACGUCUUGCAUGGAAUUAUCGCAGAAACAAUGGAAUCGAAAGCAGGUACUUUUGAUUUGUGAGCCGCUUACUGAACCUCAAAGUUGGAGAAUGAUACCGAAACGAAUGGAAGUAAUUCGUAAGGAAGGUUCAGAAGAUCGAGUGGGACAAAUAACAUCGGGAACAUUCAGUGUUCGCCUUCAUCGACCACUUGCCUUUGCUUGGGUACACUCGGAUAUCACUCCUGAAGAUAAUUUAUGGAUCGAUAUCGGUGGCUCACAAGUACAAGGUAGAAUUCAUGAAGGUUCUACGGUAUGUGGCAUAGAAGAGACAAAGGUUUCUGAUGAUGCUGUAUUUCGACAAUCUUAG